AUGCGGGGGUUCCAGUUUACCUCCAUGGUCACAGGCCUGCUGUCCGCACUGCUGCUCUCUGGAGUCGCGGCACAGGGUGUGACCAAAUUACACGAAAAAGGCCGCUGUGCAAUUCGAGGCCACUGCGGCAAGAAGGGGUUUUUUGGCGGUGACUUACCUUGUCCGGAUAAUGGACUUGCACACGAGCCGGAUGAUGCUCUCAGAGAGAAGUUGGUCGGCCUUUGUGGAAAUAAAUGGGCGGAAGGGCCAGUCUGUUGUACAGAUGAACAGGUGGAUGCCCUGAAGAAGAACUUGAGGUUGGCCGAGGGUAUCAUCGCCUCCUGUCCUGCAUGCAAGGACAACUUUUUCAACAUCUUCUGCACCUUCACCUGUUCCCCGGAUCAGUCCCUCUUCGUCAACGUCACGCAGACCGAGAAGAACAGCGCUGGCAAAUACCUGGUAACCGAAUUAGAGAACCUGUGGUCCGAGGAAUUCCAGAGCGGCUUUUACGAUAGUUGCAAGAAUGUCAAGAAUGGCGCGUCUGGUGGCAAGGCGAUGGACUUCAUCGGCGGUGGAGCCAAGAACUAUACCCAAUUCAUGAAGUUUCUGGGCGACAAGAAGCUGCUGGGCAGCCCCUUCCAGAUCAACUACGAAACCGAGCCGAGUGGGCCGGAUCCGCACGGUAUGCAGGCAUUGCCCAUCAAACCAAAAGCCUGCAACGAUUCCGAUCCUGCGUAUCGAUGCUCCUGUGUUGAUUGCCCUGACGUGUGUCCGGAGCUACCGGAUGUGACGACGCAGGAAUAUUGCCAUGUCGGGCUCCUGCCAUGCCUGUCGUUUGCCGUAAUCUUAAUCUAUUCCGUCUUCCUAUUGCUCGUCGUUCUGGUGUCCAGCUAUGUCACCUAUCGUGAUCGGCGCUAUCGCAAGCCCGAGCGCGUUCGGCUGUUGCAGGACCCGGCCCCCAGCGACGACGAGGAUGAGGGAGAUAUUGUCCAGGCGGCAGGUUAUCUGGAAACACCUCGCCGCAAUUACAAACUGAAUGCCGUGUUUGACGUCGUAUUCAGUCGAUUAGGCGGUUUCUGCGCCCGCUUUCCGGCCCUCACUAUUUCAACCAGCGUGAUAGUCGUUGGCUUGCUAAGCUUGGGGUGGCUUAGGUUUGCGGUCGAAACGGAUCCAGUUCGCCUGUGGGUUAGCCCAACCUCAGCGGCCGCCCAGGAGAAGGAGUUCUUUGACAGGAACUUUGGUCCUUUCUAUCGUGCCGAACAGGCCUUUCUCGUGAACGACACUGGCCCCGUGUUAAGCUACGACACGCUUGGCUGGUGGUUUGAUGUGGAGAGCAGGGUUCGUCGGAUGAUUUCUCUGAACAGGGGACUGGCCCUGGAGGAUGUGUGCUUCAAACCCACCGGAGACGCCUGCGUGGUUCAGUCCUUGACAGGCUACUUUGGUGGUUCGUUCUCCAAUGUCUCGCCCAGAGACUGGCAGAAGCAGAUCACACACUGUGCCUCCUCUCCGGGCGAUGUCAGCUGUCUGCCGGAUUUCCAACAACCACUGAAGCCCGAUAUGAUCCUUGGUGGCUAUGAAGAGACUGGCGACGUUUUGGAUGCCCGCGCACUCAUUGUUACCUGGGUCGUUAACAAUUUCGCCCAGGGAACCGAGGGAGAGGCAAAUGCCAUGGAUUGGGAGGAUAGUCUAAAACGCGUCCUCAUGGUUGUCCAAGAAGAGGCCAGAGAACGGGAUCUGCGUGUCUCUUUCAACACUGAGUCCAGUCUGGAAGAGGAGUUGAACAAAUCUAGCAACACCGACGCCAAGAUCGUUGUGAUCAGCUAUGUGAUCAUGUUUAUCUACGCUUCCUUGGCACUGGGUUCCGGCGCUCUUACUUGGAAAGCCCUGUUGACGAACCCCGCCAAUGCCUUGGUCCAGUCCAAGUUCACUCUCGGCAUUGUCGGAAUCUUGAUUGUCCUAAUGUCCGUCUCCGCGUCUGUAGGGCUGUUCUCCGCUGCGGGAAUCAAGGUGACGCUGAUUAUUGCCGAGGUGAUCCCAUUCCUCGUGCUCGCGGUCGGUGUUGAUAACAUCUUCCUCAUCGUUCACGAGUUUGACCGUGUCAAUCUCAGCCAUCCAGAUGAGGAGAUUGAUGAGCGGGUUGCUCGCGCUGUGGGGAGAAUGGGUCCCAGUAUCCUCCUGUCAGCUAUCACGGAGACCGUGGCAUUUGCAAUGGGCACUUUUGUCGGGAUGCCAGCCGUGAAGAACUUCGCGGCAUAUGCUGCAGGAGCCGUCUUGAUCAAUGCUAUUCUACAAGUGACCAUGUUUAUUUCCGUCCUGGCACUGAACCAGAGACGGGUGGAGAGCCUGCGUGCGGACUGUAUACCGUGCCUGACCGUCCGCAAAGCUACGUCAUCUGGACUGCCAGAUGGAAAUAUCUAUGAUGAUCUCGUCUGGGAGAGUGCCUUGCAGAAAUUUGUCCGUCGAGUCUAUGCACCUCUCCUUCUCGGGCGGAAGGUCAAGGUCGCCGUUGUGAUCAUCUUCCUUGGCUUGUUUACUGCCGGCCUGGCAUUGAUCCCGGAGGUAGCGUUAGGUCUGGACCAGCGCAUCGCCAUCCCCAGCGAUUCCUACCUCAUUCAGUACUUCAAUGACCUUGAUGACUACUUUGAGACCGGUCCGCCGGUGUACUUUGUCACCCGGGAUGUUAACGUCACGGAGCGAAUUCAUCAGCAACAGCUCUGCGGACGAUUCUCGACGUGCGAGGAGUUUUCCCUGGGAUUUGUCCUGGAGCAAGAAUCAAAACGGCCCAACGUGUCGUAUCUCUCGGGGUCGGCAGCGAGUUGGAUUGAUGAUUUCUUCUACUGGCUGAAUCCGCAGCAGGACUGCUGCUAUGAAGAUGGCAAGAUCUGCUUUGAGGAUCGGAAUCCUCCGUGGAACAUCACGCUUUACGGCAUGCCAGAGGGCAAGGAAUUCAUUCACUACGUCGAGAAGUGGAUUGAUGCACCGACGGAUUCAUCCUGUCCUCUCGGAGGCAAAGCCCCGUACAGCAAUGCUCUGGUCAUCGACAGAGAGCACAUUAUGACCAACGCAAGCCACUUCCGGACAAGUCACACUCCUCUGAAGAGUCAAGCCGAUUUUAUCAAUGCCUAUGCGGCAGCGCGGCGCAUUGCCAGUGACAUUUCCAACAGACACAAUAUCGAUGUCUUUCCCUAUUCCAAAUUCUACAUCUUUUUCGAUCAGUAUGCCUCCAUUGUCCGUCUUACUGGCACUCUCCUGGGCGCGGCGGUGGCGAUCAUCUUCGUGGUGAAUUCGAUACUGUUGGGAUCCGUCGCCACUGGGGCUGUCGUCGCCAUGACGGUGGUAAUGAUUGUCGUGGAUAUCGCGGGCACGAUGGCUGUCACCGGCGUAUCUCUCAACGCCGUGUCGCUGGUCAACCUGGUUAUCUGUGUGGGAAUUGGCGUUGAGUUCUGUGCUCACAUCGCGCGGGCUUUUAUGUUCCCCUCGCGCAACAUCCUGGAUCGAGUACCCACGAAGUUCCGGGGGAAGGACGCGCGGGCAUGGACUGCCCUGGUCAACGUGGGAGGCAGUGUCUUCAGCGGAAUCACAGUCACGAAGCUGCUGGGCGUGUGUGUCCUGGCCUUUACCCGCAGCAAAAUCUUCGAGAUCUAUUACUUCCGCGUCUGGUUGGCCCUGGUGAUCUUUGCCGCGACCCACGCCCUCAUCUUUUUGCCGGUUGCCCUCGGUUACUUUGGUGGAGAAGGCUAUGCGGAUCCCGAGUCUGACGGCGGACUGGAAGAAAACCUCACGGCGCGAGGAUACCGGUCUCUACUGAUGGACGAGGACUAUGAUUCUGACGAAGAGUGA